CACCGCGUCAGUUUUUAUGGCGCCUGCCGGGUCGUGGUGACGAAAGCAGUUGCCAUGGAGUUGCCCUGAGUAACCGUGAGGCAGUGGCACGCCAAGACUGGCGAGGAAGCGACUGCGGAAAAACCUCAGCUUUACUUUAGCUAACAAAUUGGAAACCAUCUGAUAAGACAAUUCACACCACAUUGCAAGUGACUGAUAAGAACAUAGUGUUCAUCCCGCUCAGGGAGUAUUUCCAUUUUAACCAGAAACAAUCCCUGAACCCACAGGAAUGAAUCCCUAACAGUGGAGUUUCAGGCAUCAGUGACAGGUGAGAGGUAGACUCUGGUUUUGUGUGUGUGUAUGUUUAUAUGUGUAUGAUGUGUAUGCCUACAUUCAGGACAGGGCUGAAAGUAGGGUCUUUGGAUGGAAAGGUAAUGGAGCUGACACCAAAGCCAAGCGGAGAAGGUGGCAAAUCCCCAGCUGGGCCAGACUGAGAGGGGCAGUCAGACACCAAUCAGAUGUGGUGCAGGCCCUCAGGGAUUUGUUAAGCAAUAGAAUAGCCCAGUUGAUGUCACCAGAGGGUGGGUAUCAAGACAGUCUCCAUGGUAGCUACUGUAGAGUAACAGAAAGGGUCUCAGACUCAGGAGAUUAUGACUGCAGUCUACAACUGACUCAUUGGCUUAACUCCAGGCAAGUCCUUUUACCCCUUGGGUUUCAAUUUCUUCAUCUGGCAUUUUCCAGACAAAGAAAUGGGUGUUACAACUCUCAAAUGAGUUCUAAGAGAUGUGAAGGUGCUCUGAGAAGUAGAAAGUGCUCUAUACAUGCAAGGAAUAGUGAUUCAUAUCUUAAAAUGGAAAUACAGCCAGGCAGGCCUAGAGUAGUAGAGGACAUAAAGCAGGGAUGGAAGACUAGGGGGAAACCUGAAGGCCAGUGUACUUGAAACGCCUUUCUCUGUCCUCCCCAGGCUGAACCCGGACUCCCAGGGCACCUGCUUUCACCUGAUGAAUGAUGGCCUGAACUAUGAACAAACGGGACUAUAUGAACACUUCGGUACAGGAGCCCCCUCUUGACUACUCCUUCAGAAGCAUCCACGUCAUUCAAGACCUGGUAAAUGAGGAGCCAAGGACAGGACUACGACCACUGAAGCGUUCAAAGUCAGGGAAGUCACUGACCCAGUCCCUGUGGCUGAAUAACAAUGUUCUCAAUGAUCUGAGAGACUUCAACCAGGUGGCUUCACAGCUGUUGGAGCACCCAGAGAACCUGGCCUGGAUCGACUUGUCGUUUAAUGACCUGACUUCCAUUGACCCUGUCCUAACAACUUUCUUCAACCUGAGUGUCCUCUAUCUUCAUGGCAACAGCAUCCAGCACCUGGGGGAGGUGAAUAAGCUGGCUGUCCUUCCUCGGCUCCGGAGCCUGACACUGCAUGGGAACCCCAUGGAGGAAGAGAAAGGGUAUAGGCAAUAUGUGCUGUGCACCCUGCCCCAUAUCACCACGUUCGACUUCAGUGGGGUCACCAAAGCAGACCGCACCACAGCUGAAGUCUGGAAACGCAUGAACAUCAAGCCCAAGAAGGCCCGGAUCAAGCAGAAUACACUUUGAGGCUCCCACGACCCUAGUAGUCCUAAAGGCCUGAGAAUAGACAGCAUGGUUUGACAAUAAAUGAUUUGAGCUGUUGAGCAGAUGAGAAGUCACUUACACCUUGUAGAGAUGUUCUCUAACUCAUGCAACUGCAAGUAGCUCUAGCCUUUUCUUUUUUUUUUUUUUGAGACAGUCUCACACUGUUGCACAGGCUGGAGUGCAGUGGCACGAUCUUGGCUCACAGGAACCUCUGCCUCCCAGGUUCAAGAGAUUCUCCUGCCUCAGCCUCUCCAGUAGCUGUGAUUAUUGGUGCACACCACCAUGACCGGCUAA